CCGUCGGCCGGUCUGCUGACUGUCAAACCGAGAAUCCCGCACCGUGACCCGGACACCAUCACCAGGCCGAGGCCGGUCCCCGCGUCCCCGUCCGAGGAGCUCCUGACCCGGGCCGCUCUCUGACCUCCUCCCGGUGCCCCGCUCCGGAUCUCCAGCCUCCUCCAGCCCCGCUCGCUUCAUCGACGGUCGGAUCCUGGUUCCUCCCCGAUCCCCGGGUCCGUCCCUCUCCGAGGCCGAUCGACUGCUGGACUGCACCCCUAGCGCGUGUGACCCUCCGCCGGCCUCCAGCCCCGGCGGCCCCCGCUGACCGUGAUGUCGGUGCUGGAGCUCGCCCUGCAGGGCCUGGCCGUGUUCGGCUUCAUCCUGUUCUUCGUGCUGUGGCUCAUGCACUUCAUGUCCAUCAUCUAUGUGCGUCUCCACCUCCACAGGAAAAGGUCGGAGGUCAAACAGCCGUUCGUGCAGAUGGUUGGAGUUUCUCUGCUGAAGCCUCUGAAGGGCGUGGACCCCAACCUCAUCUCCAACCUGGAGACGUUUUUCACGCUGGACUACCCCAAGUAUGAGAUCCUGCUGUGUGUUCAGGAUCAGGAUGAUCCAGCUGUGGACGUCUGCAAAAAGCUGUUAGGAAAAUAUCCCAACGUAGACGCUCGACUAUUCAUCGGGGGAAAGAAGGUCGGGAUCAACCCAAAGAUCAACAACCUGAUGCCGGGUUAUGAAGGAGCCAAAUAUGGUCUGGUCUGGAUCUGUGACAGCGGCAUCAGAGUGAAACCAGACACCCUGACAGAUAUGACCAAUCAGAUGACAGAGAAGGUGGGAUUGGUCCACGGGUUACCAUAUGUCGCAGACCGCCAAGGCUUCGCCGCCACUCUGGAGCAGGUUUAUUUUGGGACGUCCCAUCCUCGCUCCUACAUCUCCGCUAAUGUGACGGGGAUCAAAUGUGUGACAGGGAUGUCGUGUCUCAUGAGGAAGGAUGUGUUGGACCAGGCUGGAGGACUGGUCGCCUUCGCUCAGUACAUCGCAGAGGAUUACUUCAUGGCUAAAGCUAUCGCUGACAGAGGAUGGAAGUUCUCCAUGGCAACACAGGUGGCGCUGCAGAACUCGGGGUCGUACUCUAUUGGCCAGUUUCAGUCCCGCAUGAUCAGGUGGACAAAGUUACGGAUAAACAUGCUGCCAGGCACCGUGCUGGAGCCCGUCUCUGAGUGCUUCCUGGCCAGCCUCAUCAUUGGCUGGGCCGCUCAUUACGUGUUCAGGUGGGACAUGAUGGUCUUCUUCAUGUGUCACUGUCUGGCCUGGUUCAUCUUUGACUACAUCCAGCUGACUGGAGUCCAGGGCGGACCCCUCUGCUUCUCGAAGCUGGACUUUGCGGUGGCGUGGUUCAUCAGGGAGUCCAUGGCAGUGCAGAUCUUCCUCUCGGCUCUGUGGGACCCCACCAUCAGCUGGAGGACGGGACGCUACCGCCUACGCUGUGGUGGGACCGCCGAGGAGAUCCUCGACGUCUAGUUACCACGGCAACCUGCUGCCUCUCCCCCUCCUCCUCCUCACGGACGGCGGAGAGGACGAGAGAAAGAGACUGACAUUUGUGUUUCUGUUUUUUAUGAGUCGAACUGAAGAGUGAGUGAGUUUAUCUAUUUAUGUUCCUUUGGUGCUAAAAUGAGUGAUGACUAUGGAGUCAGUGUGGUCGCAAAACUCUAGAGGACUUUUUACCGUCCUGACAUCACGGCUCAGCGAUUCUGGUCUGACCUUCUUCUCCAGUCUUGACAUCUAAACCGGUCUGUGUGCUCCAGACUGCCUCUCUCCUCUCUUUCUGUCACAUUUACUCUCUGAUCUGUCUCCUGUUGAUGAACCGACCAAUAGGAAACAGGUAGAGGAUGGACCAAUUACGUGAGUUCUGGCCGUUGUUGCCGUGUCCCAACAUUCUAUCACACACACGGUAAAAGUCUGAGUAGUGAUCAUCAGACUAUUAUAAAUCUGUCAGAGAGAAACAGAGUGACUCAGCAGAGAGCGCUGAAGACUGAGUCUACUGUUUAAAUCCUAACAAGUCUGGGGGAGGAGCUGGGGUGGAGUUAUAGGAGAACAGCAUAGCAACAGCGGGCAGAGCUAACGUGAUUGGUCCAUCCUCUACCUGUUUCCUAUUGGCUGGUUCAUCAAAGAUCUAAAGAUCAGAGAUCAACAUUCAGAGCUCACAGGUUUGAAAGGAAAGACUGAAGAAAAACCAGAGACCAGAAUCAGUGGGUCAGGAUCUCAGAACGCUGAAACAAACUCCCCAGUUUUGUAACCAUGACGACUCCAUAGCUGCCAGAACAAGCCAAUGAGAGUGCAGGAUGGAUGAGACAAAAAAUAAACAGAAAAAAAGUGAGGGAGUGAUGCAUCGCACUGAAUCGUCUCAUCUUUGAUCACUCAGCCUCGGAAAACAUCAACCAAUCAGGAGGCAGGAGCUGAAAUUCUCAGUCCUGAUUGGAUGUUUCCUUGUUCGUCUCGACUUUAAUGUGUGAAGUUAGUGAAGAUUUUUAUGAACACAUGAAAAAACUCAAAAAAGAGCCGUGAGAGAGUGAAGGAAGCAGAAAUGUUCAGGCCGGCUCCACAUCAGACGCUUUUAGAGGUUUAAACACAGACAUGAGGACCGCCACAGCUGAAACCCUGGACCCUCACCAGACCAGAGGGUCUACUCUAGCUCCAGGACCCACCACAGACCUCUGCACUCUUUUACUGGGACUUUAAAUCUGAACCAGACUUUAAUGAGACAGGUCCUUCAUAAUAAAAGCACAUCAGAGACUGUUUAGGUACACAUCACGGCUUUGUGACCUGGCGGUCUAGAGCGAGGCUCAUCCAGACAGAGAGACCACAACGCUGCUGUCUACGCUAGCACUGUCACCGUGGAGAUCUCACAGAAACUUGGGAUCAAACAUGACUUAACAUGGAGGGUGUCGCCACGACAUCAUUAGCCCCACCCCCCCAUGGCUCGGUCGUGUAUGUUAGCUGCCAUGUUUGUGUCCUGUUGGCCACGCCUCCUGUUCCUCAUUGGCUACUCUGGGUAUGACAUCAGAGUCCUGUAGAUCUGGACUCAGAGCUGUUUAUAUUCAUGAUUCCAGAUCAGGGCACAGAUGGCCCAGACCACGUCCUAUGUACACAAGUGACCAGGUCCAGGCCCAGCCUGUGGCUCCUCCCCCACCUGUGGCUCCUCCCCCACCUGUGGCCACAGCAGGUGGUGCUCACUUUACACAGAGAUCAGAGAGGCUCGGACUGGACCAGGAGCAGAGAACUGAUCACACAGACUCCUCAGACCAGAUCAGGACAGAUACUCAGCUGUGACAGACCUCAUACCAGGACUCUGACCCUAACCCAUCUAGGCGGUUUUAGGGGCCAUGGGGCCUGGACUCGUCUCCUGUGCAGCUGGCCUGACUGACAUUUUUACGCCAUUCUGAUUUAUAAAAUAAAGUGAGCGCCAUUUAAACCCCCAGAUCUAAACUGUUAAAGCGUACCAGUAAAACCACCAGAGGUUAUCAGAUAAACUUUAGAGGACGCCGUUCUCCAGAGCGGCGUAGAUCUGGCCGGUACUCAGGUGUUCCACCUGGAUCUGGGGGAACCCACUGAGCUCUCCAGCCUUAGAUUUCCAUAAAGACUCUCCACAGGUCGCUGAUGGUUUUUAAGAAAAAAAAAAAGUUUGUUUUUAAAUCAGACAAUUAUUUCAUUGUUUUAAAAGUGCUGAUAAUUCAAGCAAAAGAAGUUCAUAAAAAUUAAAUACAAAAAAUCUGAAAACAGGAGAGAGUGGCGAAUCUGUCUUUAUUUAUUAAAAAAUUUAAAAAGUCUCCUGAUCAGUGAUCAAUAAUUUAUUAAUCAAACUGUUGGCAUUAAACAAAAUUCUCUCCGUUCUAAAAUAAUUCAACAUUUUUUUAUAACUUUGUCAUCUCACUAUAAAGUUAAAUAAUUUUUUUUAUUUUCAACAAUAAAACUAAAAAAACUUCCCAUAGUGUGUUUAUGAGAUUUCAGAAUAAAAGUCCUGGAGAACAAAUUUGUAAAUGAAUUAAAUCUCAUGAAUGAGUAAAAUCUUCAUUUUUAACCUAAGAAUAAAAACUAAAGUUUCUUUCUCUUCUCUGACUUCACAGUAAAAAACAUUCAAACGUCGAGUUUCUGAUUUAAGAAGCUGAUUUAAAGUGAACAAGUUCUGCCAACAUCCUGGACUCUUUUAAAACCUGUUCCUAUCCUGACAAGUAGAAGAAAAAAGACUUUUACCCAGCGAGCACUGAAGGAAUCGACCAAUCAGUAUUCAGACGCCAAAUGGUCGAAACAUUUCACCCAACAUCAAAGAAAGAAAAAAAAAAGGACCAAAAAAAUAAAAAAAUCACAUUUCUGAACGUAAAUCUACCAGUCUGAUCACUGUACACGAGUGUGUGUAAACGAGUGUGUGUUAACGAGCAAAUGUAUAUGAGUGUGUUAACUAGCAUGUGUAAAACGAAUGUGUGUUAACGAGCACAUGUAAGAGUGUGUUAACUAGCAUGUGUAAACAAGUGUGUGUGAACGAGUGUGUGUAAACGAGUGUGUGUAAACGAGUGUGUGUAAACGAGUGUGUGUUAACAAGCAAAUGUAAAUGAGUGUGUUAACUAGCAUGUGUAAACAAGUGUGUGUGAACGAGUGUGUGUAAACGAGUGUGUGUAAACGAGUGUGUGUAAACGAGUGUGUGUUAAUGAACAUGUGUAAAUGAGUGUGUUAAUGAGUCUAUGUGAACGAGUGUGUGCAAAUGAGCCUGUGUUAAUGGCUUUGUGUGAUCGAGUCCAUGUUAAUGAGUCUGUUAACAAGUGUGUGUUGACAAGCACAUUUUAACAAGUCUGUGUGAACAAGUCUUCGUAAACAAGUCCGUGUUAACGAGUGUGUGUAAACAAGUCAGUGGUUAUGUGUCUGUGUUAACGAGUGUGUGUGAAUAAAGAUGUGUGAAUGAGUCUGUUAUGAUCGGUGUAAAUGUGCUUCAGACGUGUUUAGGAGUUUAACGAGUGUGUGUUAAUGAAUGUGUGUUAAUGAUUGUGUUCAUAAAUGUGUUAAUGAGUGUGUGUUAAUUGUUGUGUGUUAAAGAAUUUUUUAAUAAGUGUGUGUUAAUGAGUGUGUUAAUGAUUGUGUAUUAAUUAAUGUGGGUUAACGAUUGUGUGUUAAUGAGUGUGUGUUAAUGAGUGUGUUAAUGAUUGUGUAUCAAUUAAUGUGGGUUAACGAUUGUGUGUUAAUGAGUGUGUGUUAAUGAGUGUGUUAAUGAUUGUGUAUCAAUUAAUGUGGGUUAACAAUUGUGUGUUAAUGAGUGUCUGUUUAUGGGUGUGUGUAUGAAUGUGUGUUAAUGAGUGUGUGUUAAUGAGUGUGUGUUAAUGGGUGUGUGUAUGAAUGUGUGUUAAUGA